AUGGUAGUAAUUGAUGACAAACACCAGGGAUUGGCUGGAAGGAACCUGGAAGAGAAACGGCUGGACGAGUCAGGAUCUAAUAGUCGCGCAGAAGACAGCUACGAUGAUGAAAACCCGACACCACCAGGAAAUGACAAUCCUCCCCUUGCCGAGCCAGAGGCCCCGCCAAGGGACAUCAAUGGCUGGAAGUGGUAUUUGACCUUGGCGUCUAUCCUAGCAUCUACAUUUCUCUAUGCGCUUGACGCGACAGUUGUCGCCGAUCUCCAACCAGUGAUUGUUCGGGAUCUCGGUGGUGUCACAAAGCUUUCAUGGCUCAGCGUUGCGUUCCUGCUGAGCGCAACGGCCACGAACUUGAUUUGGGGCCGUGUGUAUGGUCACUUCAAUACAAAGUGGUUCUAUAUCUUCCACGUGGCUCUAUUCGAAGUCGGCUCUGCAAUCUGUGGUGCAGCCCCCUCCAUAAAUGUCAUGAUCCUCGGUCGCGCCAUUGCCGGCGUCGGUGGAUCCGGUCUUUACGUGGGCUGUAUGACGCUUAUUGCGAUGACUACAACUAUUUCCGAGCGCCCAGUUUACAUCUCCUGUACUGGAUUAUCAUGGGGUCUGGGGAUUGUGCUGGGCCCGGUGAUUGGCGGCGCUUUCAGCGAAUCCUCGGUGGGUUGGCGAUGGGCUUUUUAUAUCAACCUCUUCAUCGGCGCUGUCUGUGCACCUUUCUACCUCUUCCUGAUCCCCAACAAGGAUCCUCGACCGGGUGCUUCCAUCAAAGAGCGGGCUGUUGAGCUUGAUUACCCCGGUAUUGUCAUUCAAUGUGGAGCUUUGACUACAUUGAUUCUGGCCAUCAAUCUGGGGGGCAUCACUUACCCGUGGAACUCUGGUCGUAUUAUUGCUAUGUUUGUUGUUGUGGGAGUCUUGUUUAUUGCUCUGGGUUUCCAGCAGGUCUGGGCAAUUGGCACCUCCCCGGCCCGUCGCAUCAUUCCGGUGCAAUUUUUCCGAUCGAAAAUCGUUCUCAUCCUCUUCGCUGCCUGCGCCUCAGGGGGCGCAUGCGCCUUCAUCCCUAUCUAUAUGAUUCCUCUCUUUUUCCAAUUCACACGCAACGACAUUCCGCUCGAUGCAGGUGUGCGGCUUCUCCCAUUUGUGGUAUUUAUGGUGGUAUUUGUUUUUAUCAACGGCAACCUGAUGGCAAGACUGGGCUACUACAUGCCCUGGUACUUACUGGGUGGCCUGCUGGUCGUGCUCGGCUCAGCCCUCAUGUACACCGUUCGUCAAGACACUUCACCGAGCUGGGUUUACGGCUCCAGCGUUCCGCUGGGUGUUGGCGUUGGCAUGUUUCUGCAGGCUUCAUUCUCAGUGACACAAGCCGUCGUUUCGCCCGAAAAUAUUGCGCCCGCCGUUGGGUUUAUGACCCUGGCGCAGUUCGUGGGAAUCACUAUCGCUCUUGCCAUUGCCAACGCUGUUCUUUUGAAUGGAUGUCUUGACAAAAUUGAGGCUAUUUUGCCCAACGUACCUUCGGCCCAAAUUCAAGCUGCCAUCCUAGGUGCCCAAUCAGACCUUGUAAAGGAUCUGUCCCCGGCACUCAGGACUCGCGUGCUUGAUGCUAUUGUCCAUGCUAUUGGCGAUACUUACAUUCUUACCAUUGCCGGUGGCGCUCUUGUGGCUGUAUUGAGUUUGCUGCUGCCUCGAAACAAGUUGUUCGGUGUAGCGAGUGGCGUUAAUGCGGCAUGA